UCAAAGCCGCCGCUUUCCGCGGCAGUAGCGAGCGAGCGCGUCGUCCCGCUCCUCCCCUCUCCUCUCCGCGGCUGCCGCCUCGCCACGCCACCUCGAUGAGGAGCGGUAGCAGCAGCAGCAACGCCGGCUCGGCGCCCAGGAGGAGGCCGAUGAGCGACCUCAUCGGCGCCGGCGCCAGCGCCAGCGCCAGCGACGACCUCUCCCGCUACUCGGUCGCCACCACCACGGCCUCGUCCGAGCGUUCGUCCGGCAGCAGCGGCCGCGGGGCCGCCGCCUUCCUCGACGCCUUCCGCUCCUGCUUCGCCCCCGGGGACGCGCGCUCGCCGGAGACCUCCCUCUCCGACGUCGACUCCGACGCCUCCCACCAACACUCGCAGUCGCUGAGCUCUCAAGGUUCUACCAGCGGGAGCACUUUCGAGAGCAGGAGAUCAGCCAGAGGGCUGUAUGGCUCCACCCUCAGGAAUUCUUCAGAAAGGGAGAUACCUGGAGACAGAAAGUUCACCUUACCAGAGAUUCAGAAAGCAACGAAGAACUUCUCGCCCAACCUCAAGAUUGGGCAGGGUGGUUCUGGGACAGUGUACAAGGGUCAGCUCAGCGAUGGCACCCUCGUCGCCGUCAAACGGGCCAAGAAGAAUAUGUAUGACAAGCACAUGGGCCACGAGUUCCGGAACGAGAUAGAGACGCUGCGAUGCAUCGAGCACCUGAAUCUGGUACGGUUCCAUGGGUUCCUUGAGUUUGGUGGUGAGCAGUUGAUCAUUGUGGAGUAUGUUCCCAAUGGCAAUCUUCGAGAGCACCUUGAAGGUCUGAAUGGAAAAGUCCUGGAGUUCUCUGUGAGGUUGGAAAUCGCGAUCGAUGUGGCCCACGCUGUCACCUAUCUUCACACCUACUCUGAUCAGCCGGUCAUCCACAGGGACAUCAAAUCCUCAAACAUUCUUCUCACAAACAACUGCCGAGCUAAGGUCGCUGACUUUGGAUUUGCGAAACUGGCUCCGACUGACGCCACCCAUGUCUCUACUCAAGUCAAAGGAACAGCAGGGUACCUUGACCCAGAGUAUCUCAGAACAUACCAGCUCACUGAGAAGAGUGAUGUCUACUCCUUCGGAGUGCUGCUAGUGGAGUUGGUUACUGGGAGGCGCCCGAUCGAACCAAAGAGGGCGAUCGUCGAACGUGUCACAGCAAAAUGGGCAAUGGAAAAAUUCUCGAAGGGCGAUGCGAUACUAACACUGGAUCCGAAUCUGGAAGUGAACGACGCGACCAACCUGGCGAUCGAGAAGAUGUACGAGCUGGCCUUGCAAUGCUUAGCUCCCAAGAAGAGGAACCGGCCGAGCAUGAGGCGGUGCGCAGAGAUCCUGUGGAGUAUACGUAAAGAUUACAGGGAGCUGGCUCGACCAACCUCCUCUUGAACCAAAGCAGCUCAUACGGAGCAAUCAAGAAAACAGAAUGCAACAACAUCCCAGUUUGCCUCACUUCAAUUCAAAGCUAGCAUGGAGGUGUGGAUCAACCGACCGCUGAGCUACGGGCUGCCAAACUGUCAAUGGGACCUGUGGCCUUCCUAGAAAUUGUGUGCUUAUUAGGUAUCAGCUAGGAAGAGUUACAUUGAAGUUCCUCCUACACAGCUGUACACGUAGAUAGUCGCCUUAGCAAGCACAAGCAAUUUCAAAUAUGACUUGAAUAUACGAUGGUGUCUGUAUGUUGUAGAAGAAAGAUGAUUUCUGAGGAGAGCAUGCAUUUCCCAUGUAUUAGAUGCGUUCUCCUGUAUAUGAUGAACAAAAUUCAACAGCAGUGGCAUAUCUUACUUUU